AUUCAUAAAUAUACAAUUUUGAAUAAAGUAUAAUAAAAUACUGAUAAUAAAUAUAGCUCAAUCAACACCUCCUUAUCCAUUGAACCAAUCAAUGCAGUGAAAUUAACUAUAAUCCCAUGAAUACUUCAGACCUGACCAGCGUCCCUUCCCCAUGUUGCCUCAUGACCGCGGGCCUCUGUUUGUCCAACAGCAACAGCUGUACGUGGGCUCGGACACGGGCAUCGCCCAGGUGCCCCUCCACCGCUGCAGUGUGUACGGGAAGGCGUGCGCCGAGUGCUGCCUGGCCCGAGACCCCUACUGCGCCUGGGAUGGCACCUCCUGCACGCGCUACCUGCCCAACACCAAGAGGCGUUUCCGUCGGCAGGACGUGAGGAAUGGAGACCCCAACACUCUGUGUUCUGGAGACCACCACAAGCAUCGCGUGAUCGAGCGGAAACUGUACGGAGUGGAGAGCAGCAGCACAUUCCUGGAGUGUAUCCCCAAAUCCCUGCAGGCCAGAGUCACCUGGACCUUCCAGAAGAACCCACAGCAGACUCGGGAAGAGGUGCGUCUGGACGACCGGGUCCUUCAGACGGACAGGGGCCUUCUGAUCCGCCGGGUCUUGAAGAAAGACGUCGGCGUCUACCAAUGCCACGCCAUGGAGCACGGCUUCACUCAAACCCUGCUGGGCAUCACGCUAGAAGUGGUCCCCUCCAGCUCCUCCUCCACCUCCAUCUCCAACCUGCCCUCCGACUCCCCCGUCCGAUUGGAGCCCCGCAGCGGGGGCGGGCCCUCGUCCACCAAUCAAAAGCUGUGGUACCGGGACUUCAUGCAGCUGGUGGACCACCCCAACCUGAGCACCGUUGACCAGAUAUGUGAGCAAGUUUGGGCGCGCAAGGCGGCAAGCGAUCUAUCGGAGAAGGCCGCGGUAAAACAAGCCCCGCCCGUUGCCCCGGUCAACAGGCCGCCCAACAAGAAGUGGAAGCACCUCCAGGACAUCAGGAAGGGGAGGAACCGGCGAACCCACGACGGGAAGCAGAACCCGCGGGCCCCGCGCAGCGCCGGGGAAUAACCGGGAAGGAGAGACGGUCCAUGGCGGAGAGAGAGAGAGAGAGAGAGAGAGACCACGGUUUAGCAGAAGAAAGAUACAAACAAAAACAAAAUGUUAGAAAGACAUGGAAAGAGACCAAAUCAUCAUGGAUGGGUCGAAAUACACCUGCACAUGCACAGUACACACAAACACACACACACACAUGCACAAACAACAAACACACAUUGGCACGCAUAUUUACGUGCACGUACAUACAAAGACCGACUUGUAUAUUUAGCUAUGGACGUCCCCUAACUAUAUGGUACCCUCCCCUCAGCCCCGCCCAUCCACCAACUCCUCUACCAGACAACCUCUCGCACCUCUUUGCAAAUUAUGCAUGCAUCCCCCCCCCCCCAAAAACACACACACAUUGCCCCUGGUUCUGCAUGUGGCUCGCCUGGUGAAUAUGACUCAGUAAGCUGUAAAACAAAGGAGGACACCCAUCCUCCUCAACUCUUUCUCUAGGGGCACAUUUUGUUACA